AUGUCCAACCCCAACGAUCCCCCUCUCGAUGAGAUCCAAUGGCGCUCCCCCAUGGCCAUCGCGCAAAUGGGCGGCCUACAUAACAACACUAUACUCUUCUACUUCGCCGAAUCGCCAUUCUUCGAGCGCACUUCGAAUAACGCCGUAGUCUACAAUCAAGCGAUGAACGUUCCUUCGAUGUAUCCGGUAAUUCAAACGCGCGAAGCUUUCGAAACACAUCUCAACACCAUGUCGGGUCUUGAAUUCAGAGUCGUAGAGGAACCGGCAGAGACUGGUCCCGGAGCUGGUACAGGAGUUUGGGUAAUUCGCAAGCAGACGAGGCGAAAGUCCGCAUAUGAAGACGACGAGAUUACGGUGCAUGCCUCAUACUUUGUCGUGGGAGAGAACAUCUACAUGGCACCAACCUUGAGUGGCAUCCUCGCAGCACGAAUUAUGACGAUAUCUUCAUGCAUUACCAAUGCUGUGACAGCCGCCGAAUCUGUGCGCAAAUGGGGACCAUCAAGGGGAAACUACUACGAGCUUCCAGCGGCCAAGACAUCAACAAAGGCAAAGGUCCAGGAUUCUGCUGCGGCAACACCAAUGCCCGUGUCGGACGAAUCCAGCAAAGCCCCAGUCGCUCCUAUAUCAGUUACGCAGAAGGAUGAUGAUGCGGCAUUGGCUAAAUUGGCGGAAGAGUCGUUCAUGAUCCAUAUGAAAUACGGCGGCGAAUACAUUGACGAGAACCCUAUUACUGGUCGUCCAGGAGAAUUCCACCUCACUACGACAGGCCGAAAACCACCACAACUUGUGAAAAAGGACAGUCCUGUGAGGAGCAUUACUGCCCCAACAAUCAACACCAAGGUUGAAGACAAGAAGGAAAGCAAGGAGAAGACACCUAGGUCAGCAGCUCCUAAACCCAAGCGCAAGAAGAGCAAAAUGGCGAACUCGACCAGCACACCGGCCGCAUCUUGA